AUGUCCGCGCGACCAACAACACCAAUGUCCCCCAAGACCGCUAAGGUCAAGUCGCCAGUUCCAGGCACACCGGUCUUUGGCUGUGAGCAUGUUCAGAAACUGUUCUCCCAGUCACAGGAUGUCAUGAACUCAUCCGUGUUUCACUACAAGAUGAUAUUGAAGAACAUCUUUGAGGGAACUCCAAUUGUGCCUCAAACAUCUAAGAAUCCUGAUGGACAAGCGAUUACUUCCCUCACAUCCAACUAUCUCUGUCUGCAGUGCUCAACCAUUGUCACCGAGGACGAUCGUCUCAAGCACGGUACAAAGAAGCAGCACCGCUUCUAUGUUGAUUCCCGCAGCGGGGCUCUCUACUGUCAAAUAUGUGAUGACCUAGUAUGGGACCCCACUCUUGAGGAACUGCGUGUACGCAAGAUGGGCACAGGAACCUUUUCAAACCGCAAGAGAAAGCAUGAUGAGAUGUUCUCCGACAGCAUCAAGGACAACCCCCUAUACAUCUCAACCAACACGACAACCGCCUCCUGCAAGGCUAAUGGCCUGCGUGGCAUAUACAACGCUGGUGCUACUUGCUAUCAGAACGUCGUGCUGCAGAGCUUCCUUCACAACCCCAUGCUGCGGAACUUCUACCUGAGUGAUGGACACCAGAGCAACGAUUGCCAAUUGACAAACUGCCUGAGCUGUGCCAUGGACGAUAUGUUUCAGGACUUUUAUGCAGUUGAGAAUACCAAUGGCUUUACAGCGGCUAGCAUCCUGUCUGGAUUCUGGAUCUCGGAGAAAAAGGCUUUUGAAAACCUUGUAACCACCAAGGAACAGGACGCGCACGAGUUCUUCCAGUUCCUAGCCGAGGAGCUACAUGAACGCAAUGGGGAUGGAAAGAAGCCGGAGACGGGUAGCGAGCAUACCUGCAACUGCAUCAUCCACCAGACAUUCUAUGGCAAGCUUCAAAGCUCCACGACGUGCCAAAACUGCGGCGGUGUGACGAACGCCGUGCAAUCUUUCCUCGAUCUCAGCUUGGGACUCGAAAACCUUGCUCAUAAGAGGAAAAAGGGCGGCCAGAAGAUCCCGAGCCUGACACUUCAAGAAUGUCUGGACGAGGAGUACGUCAAGUACGACAAGUGCGAGUACCGCUGCCACAACUGCAACGGCAUGCAGCAAGCACGAAGGAAUACCAGUAUUAAGCGUCUGCCCAACGUGCUUGCCAUUCAGCUGAAGCGCUUCGAGUACAAGCAAGGCCGCCACGACAGGGCGCCGUCAAAGAUUGACACCGUUGUCAACUUUCCACUGCAGCUCAAUAUGCUGCCAUAUACGAGCAGAGGCAGAGGAACGGAAGCCAAGGACGCGCACGAGCUGGGCAGAUCCUGCACAUACGACCUACUUAGCGUUGUCGUCCAUGUCGGCGAAAUCGACACUGGCCAUUACGUGUCCUACUGUCGGGUGGGCGACCAGUGGUUCAAGUUCAACGACCACAAGGUCGAGAUGGCCUCCAAGUCGGAUGUGCUUAGUGCCCAACCCUAUCUACUCUUCUACAUAAUCCGCUCCCUCUCGUAA